AUGGCCACAGCCCAAGCUCCGAACCCUCGCGCCUCUCUUCUUGCUGGCCUCCGUACUGGAGGCGUCCGCUCUGCUUCAGGUCCUACUGGCCAUGUACCCCAAACUGCGGCGCCGGGUAGUACAUCUUUCAACAUCCCGCGCAUGGUCUCGACCCCUCACAACGAUAUGAUGUACCCGACGGAAGAGGAGGACGAGUUUCCUGACACGAUGGGCCAGAACCUGUACGUCAGGAACAACGCCAGCCGCCCCCAGCAGCACCCCAUGACUGCCGCUGUCGAUGGCGCGGCCAACAGGUUCUCUCAGCAGCAGGGUUUCACUAUGAAUCCCAUGAGCUAUCCCUUUACGCCUGCGGCCGCUCAGAACCAACUCCAGGCCCUCCAGCUGCAGAUGAUGCAGAUGGAGAUUGCGAGACUUCAGAAUCUGCAGGCUCAGCAGUAUCAAGCUGAGCUCAUCGCCCAGGCCCAGGCCCAGGCGCAGCGUCAGCGACAGCAGACGCAGCCUGUGAGGCGUGCCACGACUGGCUUCGUUCCGCCGGCCACGGCUGGCCCAGCUCAAGGCUCUUUCGACCUGCGCGCUUCUGCGUUGAAUGCGCAGAUGCGUCGUGCCAACCAGGCUGAGCAGUUGCGAGCCAAGUUGGGUGUUUACGCUGAUGAGCACGUCCCGAUGACUGCUGCUCUUGGGGGCAAAUUUGGCAGCCGCGUCGCGCCUGCCCGUCCAGAGUCGGAUGAGGAUGACUUUGCUUCCUACAGUGCGAAGCCACCACCCACCCCCAACUAUACCACUGUUAUCAGCGGCGGGACCUCGCUUGGAACCCCGACUAUUUCUACGGCUCCGUCCAAGUCUGAUGCUGCUAUUUCUUGGAGGCGUGGCACCACGAACAACUCGGUCUUGAACGGCAACCGCGCUGCGUCUUCUCCCAUGGUGAAAAUUACCCCUCCUCCAGUUGAGCCAACGUCUCCGCCCACCGGCCCAGUUUCUGCCAAGGCCCGUCCCCUUCCUCUCCAGCUAAGUGCGGCAGCGUCUCAGCCCAUGCCUGCCGUCGCUAUCGACAACUCCGAUGGCACUGAUGGAGAUGACUCGUCGUCCGUUUCGUCCAAGUCCAACUCGUCUCCUAGCACGCCCAACAGCGCCUCAUCCUCUAACGCGCCCCCGGUCUCACCCCGCGAGGAGGCUGUGAAGAAGUUGUAUGAGGGGCUCGGUAUUGGACGUCCUCUACCCACGAUCACUGUCGCCGAGCCGCAAGGGGUUCCGGUUGUGGUGCACAGGCUCAUUAGCCAGCCGGUACGCCAGCCCAUUGGCCCACCAUCUAACAACGACGAUCUGCGCCCCCGCAACUUCGCAACCCGGAGCAGGAGAAAGGCCAUUGGGGCCCUCAUGGACGCCCGUGAGAGGCGUGAGGUUGAAGCUUUCUAA